UCUACGCACCACAACCUCUCUUUUUUACCCUCUCUCUCUCUCUCUCUCACACACUCUCUGUUGUGUCUCUCCGUCACACACACACACACACACACACACACACGUACCGUACGUACACCCGGGAGUUUUGUAGUCAGAGACGUACACUUUUCUCUGUCUGUCUACACCAGAUACAGUACACACACGCAGAGUCGCUCAUGAUGGAUGUCAAAGUCUUGGCGGCGAUGGUCCUGUUGACAGUGGCACUGCACACGCCGAGUGGUACCGCCAAGCCCAUUAGUCUGGUGGAGCGCUGCUGGUGUCGCUCCACGCUCAACACGGUUCCGCAGCGGAACAUCCGCGAGAUCAAGUUCCUCCACACGCCCAACUGCCCCUUCCAAGUCAUUGCCAAGCUGAAGAACAGCGACCGGGAGGUCUGCAUCAACCCAAAGACCAAAUGGCUGCAACAGUAUCUCAGGAAUGCCAUUAACAAGAUAAAGAAGGCAAGGAAACGCUCAAAUUAAAAGUGUCUGCAAUUGCAACUGGGGACCUUCCCAAAAUAAUAUAAAAAAGGAACUCACGCACUCCUCUCCUUCUCUCUGGACCGCUUGCACAAACAGCACUUCACUUCUCUCCAAGAUUCACUCUACAAGCAAGUCACACCUGUCUGUCUCUCUCUUCGUGUAUGUUUAGCGAUGAAGAGUAAUCACACAAUUAUUGUGUAAACCUGAUGUAUCUGAAUGAAUGAAUGUGGGCGUUUGAAUGUUUGAAGAGAGCUAUCCGUCUGUGUAUGCAUGUGUGUGUGUGUGUGUGUGUGUGUGUGAGAGAGAGAGAGAGAGCGAGUGAGUCAGUGAUCGUGUGGGUGAGUGAGUGAGUCACUCAGUGUGUGAAUGUGAAUAUCAAUGUGCAUGUGUGCGUGCGAGCCAAGAAGACAAGUAUGUGUUACAGUUUUAUUGUAAAAUCACAGUUAAUUUUUAAUAAGAAGUCAUUGUUGACUCGUGUUGAGUGUCACGGGAGAAAGUUUCUACCUUCCGAAAUUACUUAAGCUGCUCAAGAUUGAUGGUGAGAAGGAGAUGGUUUGGCAUGAGGUGGGGGUCCCAGGUUGCGCGUGUGUGGCGCAGAAUCUGGGUCCUGGGGGCCCUACGUAGACUUGACAUUCGUCAGAAUCGCCGCAAGUCCAUGUACGUAUUACCAUGAUGAACACAGACGCCAUUUUGUAUGAUUUCUCACUGAUGUAAGAAGUCAUGGCAUCAGUCCACACAGCUAAAAGGCCUGUCGUUGCUGAUUGGAAACAGACAUUAGAAGUUGAGCUGAAUGCUUGCCCUUAAAGUGCAAGUAAGUUAUAGCAACCGGCGCCAAAUGUAAGCGUGUAUGCGCACUUAGAGUACUUGGAGGCUCUUCCCUACUUUUCCCGCCCCCCAAUGACUGAGGAGUAAUUUGUCACGGUUAGUUAUCGCUAUUCCGCGUUUCACCGCACCGAUUAUUCUUACGAGAUAAGGUUACACACGACAUGCGUUCAAACAAGGCCCACCGACUGGCAAACUGUGAUUGUGAUAAGGGAGAGAAGAGAACUGACAGUUGAUAGGACGAUAGUUUAAGGCGUUGUGGCAAUGGCUCGUCGACGAGGCUUCUCACAGGCGGAGAAUGUAAUGUAUGCGUACGUAUAGGCUUUCGGAGACGGGCCAUGUCCGAUCAAAGCUUACACUUGAGUCAAUGCACUGCCACAUAACCUGUGUCCAUUCUUUAGUUUUUUUUGUGCUCAACGACAUGAUUUCUUGUUGUUGGGAUUUUUAUUAUGAAAUAUUGGGUGUCCAGUCUUCGUCUUGAGCCGCUUACGUAAGUCCCAGAGGAGUCAACAAUGUAAUUAUUUUUGUAUUUUCUUUUUGUUCAGUUUUGUUGUCUGUGUAUAUAUAUCCAAAUGGGAACUGAUAAAAAAUGGCAACACAUUAUGAAGGUAUUUUAAAAGUUUCCAUGUAAAAAAAAUAUUAGAAAACUACACUAAGCUAUUCAUUCACAAGUUACUCUGGGCGAAAUAUAGUACACAGUCUUAAACAUUCAAAAUUGUAUAUACCAAGCAUUCAGGUUAGCCGAAUCGGAAAAUAGCCAUUUUCUGUCUUUUUUCAAACACAAACCUCCCUCCACGUGAAAUAUGUAAAAAUACACAAAACACUUGUCAUGCUCUGUUUCUCUGAUUGGCUUCUCUCGCUGAGGUAAACUCUCUUUUAGACAGAGAGGGAAGGAGGCAAAGGACCUAAAAACACAAAGCAGGCCACGCAACAUGCUGAAUGAAUUUUUGAGCAAACAGCUCCAUGUCAGUUACAAUGGCUGCAUAAGGCGAUAAGCCUUGGUCGUUUUCACAAAAACUCAGCUUGAGUAAAAAAAAAACAUCACACACACACACACACACACACACACACACACACACACACACACACACACACACACACACACACACACACACACACACACACACACACACACACACACACACACACACACUACCCCCCCCUUCUUCCACUGUGCCUGGUUGCCAAGUUAAAAUAUGAUGUGUGGAUACAAUACCUCCGAGCAAAAAAUCAGGGAACAAUAUUGUUUAAGACAUAUGUCCUCACAUCUGCUUUUAAUCACAGCGCUCCAAUAAGCACUUGACUAAUGUGUAUUUCUAUUGUACUUCUCAGUUGCUGUACGCAUGCCGUGUGCAGACGUUUGUGUUAUCCUUCAUCGUUAAAAAAAAGAAAAACAAAACAAAAAUAUCCUGACGUCCCAUUUAAACACCGUAGCCUUGUGGAGACAGCCAGUCCAGAGCACCAAAGGUGUUAGCCCUCUCGCUAUAUACAUACAUGCUCCCCUAUAAAGAAGGGGAAAUUUGGGUGAGGGUUGAGGAGAAAGUGGUUAAACAGUGAAAUGUGAAGUCAACAUUUUUGAACAGCAGUUUUUUUUUUAAAUCUCAAAACCUGGGGCAUGAAUUAGACUUGUCGCAUUUUUUGUUGUUAUCCGUCCAGGAAAAUCUGAGGUUCUUCGGAUGUGUGACCGAUCGAGUUAGCAGUUAAACAUGCAUAUAUGGAAACACCAUUUUAAGUGCCUUUUUGUUUUUUUUCUCUCUCUCCUUCUUUUUCUCUGUCUGUAUUGUAACACCAGUUUCAGGAAAGUACAUUACGAAUGAAUUACUAGCAUUUGUCUGUGAAUGAUUGGAAGAAUGUGUGGAGACUAUAUGUUAGGAAAAGGUUUCUUAAGUCGAUCCCUGCAUGCACACAGAACAUUCCACUAAUUUUCUAGAACGUAGAGUAAAAGCAGAACAUUGUUUUGGACUUAGAUGAAAAAAAAAAGAGUCAUUGUUGUCUAAUGUAUCCAUGUGGGUGCUAUUCUUCUCCCCAACCAAUGUGAAGAAUGUUGUUCUUCUCUUAUGAGGCAGCUUACUGUGUACUGUGUUGUAUGUAUUUGUCUUUAUUAUCCUUUCCAGCCUUUUCUUUGGUAUUACUUUUUCACAUGUUACCUGAAUGCAAUCUCGUAUAUAUUUUGAAAUCACUCCCUUUUUUUCAAUAAACUCAUAAUUCGACAUA